AGAACGAAUUUACGACAAACGUAAAAACCGAUUUUUGCUCUCGAAAAUGUCGCCACGAGGAAAUAAUAUAAUCGCAAAUGCUCACUUUCAUAAAGAUUGGCAAAAAUAUGCUCGAACAUGGUUCAAUCAACCGUUUCGUAAAUUACGACGUCAUCGUGAACGUGUCCGAAAAGCUCGUGCAAUUGCUCCAAAACCAGUGAAAGGACCAUUGCGUCCAAUUAUUAGCUGUCCUUCGUUUCGGUAUAAUAGUCGUAUCCGUUUAGGACGUGGAUUUUCUUUGGAAGAGCUACGUAAAGCUGGGAUGUGUAAACAGUUUGCUCGUUCGAUUGGUAUUGCUGUGGAUCAUCGUCGGCGUAACAAGUCGAUCGAUUCGUUAUUGAAGAACGUGCAACGUUUGAAAGAGUAUAAGCAAAAAUUGAUAUUGUUCCCAAUGAAGAAGGGUAAGAAAAAAGGAGGAAAAGAUGUUAAGUCAAGUGUUGAAUCACCCGAAAAGCCACCUGUUGUACAACAAGUGAACCUAGACAAUAUAUUCCGUUCGAAGACAUCGGGUAAGAAAUCAAUUGUACAGAAAGUUACUCCAGCCAUGAAGAAAUUCCAUGCUUUCGAUACUUUAAGGAAGGCGCGUACUGAAGCCAAAGUGCUUAGUCGUAAAAAUAAGAAAAGUCGUUUGACUAAUGAUUUAGAAGGUAUGAAAUAA